AUGUUAUGUAUUAUAUUAUUAAUUUAUGAACAUUUCCAACAACCUCCUGGGUGCACAUAAAUUACUUUUUGUUAAAGUAUUGUUGAGUUCAGUAGAAAUGGCAUAUAUAGCAUUAUUAUAAAAAAACGAAAACGUAAACAGAUUACAGCUAAUGUUACUUUUAGUUUCUAUACAAGAAAAUGAAAUACGAAUAUGAGACAUAAUGGAGAUGUGAAAUGAGAAAGCCUGAUAAGUUAUACAUCUUUAUUAUAUGGUCCCAAGCACAAAUACAAUACAGUAUUUAUGUUAACUAACAUGUUGUCUUGAAGAAGUGCAUGUCAUCUUUACCACAUUUUCUAAUGCUUAGCUUUUCCCAACAAACUUUGGCUUAUAGGAGCGGAAACUUUGUUUCAGUUGUAGGAGGAUAAAGGUAAAACUUGCUAUAGCUCAAACAAGAUGCCUAAAUAGACUGGACAACUGAGGCAGGAAGUAGACAAAUAAAACAAAUACGUGGUUUAAAUCCAGUUUAGUCCUAAUUUAAUGCUUAGGGGGCUUAGUAAAGAUCCAACAUCAGUUUGCUUAGUUCUCCCCUGACAAGUAAGUAAUUUCUGCGUAUAUCAGGUUAAACCUUGGCCCUUGACCCAACAUGGUGCUCUUGCUCUUUUUUCAAACUGAUCAAAUCUAAUGGCGUCUUAAUCAAAUAUUAUACCCACCAAACAAACAUAUACUCAGUUGUUUUUUCUUCUUACCACAAAUGCCAAUUAAGAGAUAUAGGAGCUUUUAUCUAAUUAAAGCUACAGAACGCUUCUUGAUACCCACCACUAGAGGGCAGUCUCGCUUUAUCAUAGAAUUAACUACAUAGAACGGCAAUUCAAAUCCACACUUAAAUACUUAAAGGCAAUUUGUACAAUAAUAUGGGCUAAUAGUCGGUUGUUGUUUUCGAAACUAGUGUUAAAUUGGUGCACGAGUGUGUUGCAAAAGGUUUUUGUCCACCAAGCUCGUAAACGGAAGCCAUGUUUGUGUAAUUGCUUGAUAUGUCUAUCCGCUUGAUAUGUCUAUCCGCUGUAGUUCUGUGAGCUUCUGAGCAGACCUCCUGUAAUCAUCAGCCGAAUCUCGCUACGGAAGCGCGCGCUCCUUCUCUCGUGCCGCCUCGGACGUCUUGUUUGAUUUGAAGGGCACGGGGAAGGCACAGGACACACACGCGUGCUAGUGUUCCUGCAGCUGUCUCUUUAAAACGCAGGAGGAGACAUUUGUGUUUCUGAGAUGUAGCCUGCCUGGCAGAUCUGUCGCCAGCAUUGCUUCUGCCCCCCCCGCUGAGGAAGGAAGGAAGGGCUGCUGGGAUGCCGAUGGUUUCAUCUGGCAGCAGGCAACUGGAAAGGGAAGUCCAGUGUGAUUUUUAGGUUAACGGUUCACUUCUUCCUCUUGUGGUUUCUUCAACAUCCUUCACCGAGGCUAUACCGAGACUAACCGACCGCUACACCUGCAGAAGCGGUUUACUCCAGAUCCACCUGCUGUUCCUCAACCCAGAAGAAGCAAACAGGUAAAGAAAUCUUAAGAAAUGGACCAAGAUAAUCCAAGCCAAAAAUCCCAGAAGCAAGAAGACGACCCAAAUGAAGCAGCAGAAGCUUUAACAAAAUCUCAAACUUCGGCUCCAGCCACAGCAUCCCCCGCCGGCCAGCCCGGCAGGCCUCGGCGGCCCCAGAGAAGCGCCAGAGUCGAGGGCUCUGUGGACAUCUCAGAGCCCAGAGCUGAGCCCAGAGCUCCCAAAGCUGAACCCACUCCAGUGGCUGACCAAGACGAGUCCACUCCUGAUGGCCCUGUGGCAAGUCGCCCUAAACCCUCUCGCCCUGGAGCGGUCAAACCCUCAGGAGAGCGCAUCGGGCCUAAAGGGGGUCCUAAAGGGCCCGGCCACCACCCAGUGAGGGCCGCCUCCGUCCCCCACCAAGUGGCUUCUCACCAGAACCUCCAUGCUCAGAGGGCCCUCUCUGUGGCCGGUACCGCUGACACUCCACAGGCCCAGACUGUGGAAGACUUCAGGCUGCACAUCAUCACUUGGAACGUGGGUUCGGCCACGCCCCCUGAUGACAUCUCUUCCCUGCUGGGGCUGAACGUAGGAGAUGGAAACACAGACAUGUACAUCAUCGGGCUGCAGGAAGUGAACUCCAUGAUUAACAAAAGGCUGAAAGAUGUCCUCUUCACAGACCAGUGGAGCGAGGUCUGCAUGGAGAGACUCAGCCCCUUUGGUUAUGUGCUGGUCACCUCUCAGCGGAUGCAGGGGUGUUUGCUGUUGGUCUUUGCCAAGUACUUCCAUCUGCCUUUCCUGCGCGGAGUCCAGACUGAGACCACCCGCACCGGCCUGGGGGGAUACUGGGGGAAUAAAGGUGGUGUGAGCGCCCGCAUGUCAGUGUUCGGCCACACCAUCUGCUUCCUCAACUGCCACCUGCCGGCUCACAUGGAGAACUCAGAGCAGCGCAUGGAGGACUUUGAGAGCAUCCUGCAGCAGCAGCAGUUCGAGGGCCAGGCUGCCACCGGGGUCCUCGACCAUGAUGUGGUGUUCUGGUUUGGAGAUCUCAAUUUCCGCAUUGAUGAGUUGGAUAUGCAGGUUGUGAAAUCGGCCAUCGAUAACAACAAGUAUCAAAUGUUGUUGGAAAAGGAUCAGCUCAAUAUGGCCAAAGACAGUGAGACGGUGUUGGAGGGUUUCCAAGAGGGGGCGCUGAAAUUUCCUCCCACCUACAAGUUUGACGUUGGAACCGAUACAUACGACACAAGCGGGAAGAAGCGUAAACCAGCUUGGACCGACCGGAUUCUGUGGCGCCUGAGAGCUACGGCCGGGUCUGCUCUCAACGCAGGGAAGCGUGGGUCCAUGUUGGGUCUGACCAGCGGGACCAAAGUGACCCAGCACUACUACCGAAGCUACAUGGAGUACACAGUCAGUGACCACAAACCUGUGUCCUCCAUCUUCACCCUGCAGUUCCCGUACAAGGUGGAUAUUCCCCUGGUCACUAUCAUGGUGGAAGAUGAGUGGAACUGUAUUGCUGAUGCCGUAGCGAGGUUCAAACUGGUGCCAAACUUCCCCCGCAGCUCCUGGGACUGGAUGGGACUCUACAAGGUGGGUUUCAAGCACCAUAAGGACUAUGUGGGAUAUGUGUGGGCGAAACAAGAGGAAGCUGAUUUCACUCGACCAGAACAUCAGGUAACCUUUACUGAGGAGGAAUUGCCCAAAGGCUCAGGCGACUUUAUAUUGGGUUACUAUAGCAACAAUAUGAGCACCAUUGUGGGUGUCACAGAGCCAUUUCAGAUCCAGCUUCCCACUUCAGGUCUUGACGCCAGUUCUUCUGACAGCUCGGACUUCAGCUCAGAGGACGAAAGCACCGUCAUCAUGAAGACGAGGUCCCGCAGUCCCAGUCCACGCAAGGCCAAGCACCGCCACCACCAUCACCACCACCGCAGCCACAGCCGAGGCAGCCCUGAACAGGCCAAAAUGAAAAUGCUCAAUGUCACUGAUGCCUCUCCAUCAACACAGCGGAGAAUGAGUGAGUCCACUAGACCUCCAGCAGAGGGCAGCAGCAGCAGCAGCAGCAGCCAGGUGUCUGCUUCUGGGGAGAAAGAGAAAGACAGUGAGGGUUCAGGAGUGUGAGGCAGGUGACAUAUCCAACUACAGUGUCUUUUAUUAAAUACCUUCACGACAUUGUAUGUUUUCUGUAAUGAACAUUUUUCUGAUGCCAUCCUUUUCAGGAACAGCCAUCUGGUUUGUCCAGAAGGCUAACUUUGCCUUGAGUUGUUCUAUUUAAUUCUGUCCCGUGUUCCUUCAACCUUUGUCCUUUUCUCAGGUGUGGACAGUACAGGGAGCUGACACCUUGCAUUAGGAAAUAAUUCCCCAUAUUCCAACAAUGAUUUGAAACUCUGCACUGACCUAAAUAGCAGUCAUGCUUUUAAGACAAGGAGUAGGACAUACUUGACAGAUACAUUUCUCCCAUAUCAACUAGUCUGCUUAGUUGUGGAACAUGUAGCAUAUGGAACAAAUCAGCUCUGACAAAACGGACCAUAGAAAAAUAGUAAAAAAUAGAUUUUGUUUUAACACUUUAACACACCAAGGCCCUAAAACCUCCCACAACGGCAUACUUGAGGGGUUGAGGCUCUGAAGAUAGGGAAGGCUAAUAUUUGAACAACUGUCAUACAUGUUUUAAGCACCACAACAUAUUUGUUUAUGAUUAUAACAGUGAUAAUAAUAAUAGUUUAUUAGGCUACGGAAAAAACGAGAUGUGACCAUUUCAGGCUAAUAUGCUACUGCUACGAUUAGGAAAUGCAUGUUACUAAUUACUGUGACCUUUAACAAAGAUAAUGCUGAGACACCAAUCGUUGCUGUGCAAACAUUGCCAACAUGCAUACAGUCAAUGUACAUUAGACCGUAUAGAACAGGGGUCUGCAACCUUUUUGACCAAAAGAGCCAUUUUGCCCCCUUUUCCACCAAUUUCUUUUGUCUGGAGCCGCAAAACAUAUUUGAUAGCUUAUAAAGUUGUAUAUAUUGUUACAUCAUAGAGAAAAACUACAGUUUUUUUGCAUUUAUUAUUUAUUACAUUAUAGAAAACUGUUUACCUCUAAUAAUAAACAAAGAACUCCUCUUUCUUACACAGGCCUACUUUAAAAUAAAUCAACACAGCACUCGGGGAGUCCUCUGCACAUUUGAAGAAAAUGAAUAUAAUUAAAAUGGGCCCACUUUGAAAUAAAUAAAACAUUAGCUGCACCCUAAAAAGAGUUAACUGAUUGAAUUAUGACUGAAGAUCGUCAGCUGUCUUCCUCUUCCGUGUUUUUCCUCCAAUACGUAAAUGCUGCAGCUCCUUUCACAACUUCUCUCCACAUAUCAAACAUACCGGUAAGCCAGCAUCGUUUGCUUUGAAAACAUAUAACUCAGUCCACGCAGAAUUAAAUCCUGUGUUCCUCCGAUACUUUUCUUUUCUUUGAUUUAUCCAUAGUUCGCUCAUCGAGCCGGGGGUCAGGUUAUUCGCCUGCAAGAAAAGGCGCUGGUGCUGGUGCUAUGACGCAUAUUUUAUAUAGGAUCUUAAUUCUCUCUCAGAGCAUAUUUUAUCUUUUUUUUUUAUGUUCACAGUAUCACCUCAAAAUACAAGAUACGAAACAUUUUCAACCAUGCAACAAAAUAGAAAUAGUCCUACAAAUAUUUUUAUUUUAUUUCCUUCUUAUUUUUGUCUAAGCUCAAGGGAGCCAGAGUAGAGGGCUUAAAGAGCCGCGGGUUGCCGAUCCCUGGAAGAACGAGAUUUAACAAGAGAUGUAACAAUGCCAGGCUUAUGCUAUAAUAACUUAUUGUGGUGCCCAAAACAAGUUUGAAACUAGUCUUCCCUUCAGAGCCUCACCCACCGCCUAGGCUCUUGUGGAUAUUCUUUGCUUUGUAAACUCAGCAUGCAAAUCUUACGUAACACGGGGAAUCUUUCCCAAGAUAAAGUCCCUUUUCCCAAGAUAAAGUCCCUUCAGUGCGCAUGAGAAAAGAGAGCAUGGACACUGGAGUUCAGGGGGCUCGGCCACCGGCCCUGGCAGCAGCAGACCACAUGUCAGCUUAGAAAGUGAAUAUGAGCGUGAAGGCCUUUAAAUAGACCACUACCCCAUAGCAGUGGGAUGUGAUGGCCGUGGGAGGCUAGCUGUAAGAACUAUUUGUUGGCUACUUAAUCUGCUUUACUAACUUCAGUGUUCACUUCAGCAAUAUCUGACCCAGGAAACAUUUACAGUAUAUUGCUUAGACACAUACCUUUUAUGUGAGUGAAUGAGCCAUAUUUAUUUAAAGUAAAAUAAAAAAGCUAUACAACUGAUAAUCAAUCCUGACAUCUCUGACAACUGUGAGCAGGAUCUCUACUAUUUAGAGCUACUACAGGCCUUUGCAUAUAGCGUUAGUAGUAUGAUGCAAAGCUAACGUGUUCCGCUAAUGACUUUACUUUCAUUCAGUUCACUGCGUAUGUUUCUUGUGUUUUCAUCUUGCUUAGAUACUCCCUUACUGAUCCUGGUGGUUAGCUGACAGUGACAAUAGUCACAGUAGUCGUGUUGCAUUGUUACCGUGUGACCUAUGAUGCAUCAUAUUAGACACUUUGUACUUUUGGGCUGUUAGCGUAGGACAGUGUAUGCUGUAGUAGCUGUAAGCUCAGUGUGUACAUCUGUAAUCGGUUGUUGUGUGUAUGUGUUUUUAUCGACGUGAGUGUGGUUUGGAUGGGGGGGGGGAAUGUGUGUGUGUGCUAGAGUUAGCAGUGAAUGGUGUGUGAAUGCGUUUGCAUGGUUUGCAGCUGGACAUACUGUACAUUCCGGUACUGUGAUUUUUGUGCCGUAAAGUGCUGUUUUGGACUCCUCUUUGUUAUAAUUGUGGCUGUGAACACUUGUUAGGAAAGCUAUGUAAGGACAGUAUACAAAUGAUACUUCAGUGUACGUCUUAGAUGAAGAAAACGCAGGAUAGCAAUGCCUGCAUAAAUCUAAAAAAGUUCAGAUCAUUUCAUAGUGCAUUCAUGUCUUUUCUUGUUUUUAAAAUGAAAAAUAUAAUGGACCUUUGUUUAGAGUAAGAUGUUUGAAAAAGAUUGAGAUUGUAUGACUUUGUCCUACUUUAGGUGAUUUAGAUAAAUAUGGUCAGCUAUGCAGUAAUGACCAGUGUCUAUUUAUUGUGAAAUGUUAAUGAAAUAAUGCUCUGUCUACAGAAUGCUAUUGUUUUGUAAUGAUGUGGCUAAAACAGAAGAAGUAUGUAUCUAAACUACAAAUAUGAAAUAUGAUAUAAUACAUAAGAUAGAUGACAAUCUAUGCCACAAAGAUUAUUUUACUUAAAUUAUGUAUUUAUUUUCUUAUUUAACUGUAAAUGAGCCUGAAUUCUGCUGGCCAGUGAGGGAGCAUUAUUUCAAUGGAUAUUAUAGAAUAUUGAUUAUUGCUCUGUCAGGAACUAUGAAGAGAGUCUGAUUCUCCCAUUUACAUUUUAGAAAAUCCAGUUUAAAUGUUGCUUUUAUUGUAAAUGUAGAUUGUUUAGUCUACAGGACUUUGUAUACUUGUGAAAUUGACAAAAAAUGAGCAAGUCUUUGAGAUAAUAUUUGUUAUGAGAAUUGUUUAUCUCUGUGAAAUUACCUGAUCAGCGAGGCAAACAUGUUUUUAGGGGUUGGUUCCUUAGUUAUCAAACUGUCCAAAGAAAUAAUACAACCCUCUUCAAAUUGUGA